CCACCAUAUAUAGUGCUUGCAUGCGGGCCGAAGCUAAGCCUGCGCAUUUGCUUGAUACUAAUAUACAAGCCAUUUCCAAUCCAUCGUUUCCUAUGGCUGCAGGAACCAUGAGAAGAGUUCAACUAAUGCUGCUAUUGCAACUCUGCACAGGGAUUCUUACCACAGCAGUCCGUUCACUGGACGAAAGGGUACUACGUAUUGCAGUCCCAGAGAGAAGAGAGGUAUAUAAUGAUGGUAAAAUCUAUGAUAUCACCCACUUGAUCACUCCUGAAAUGCCAAAAUGGGGCACUGCUGAUGGGAUGGGCCAAGUGCUAACGGUGAUCGAUAGCAUAAAGAAUGGUUCAGAUGCUUAUGUUUCUGAGAUGAAGCUACCUUCUCAUACUGGCACACAUGUUGAUGCUCCAUCUCAUUUUUUUGAAGAAUACUAUGAAGAAGGGUACGACACAAGCACACUUGACUUGAAGACUCUUAACGGUCCAGCACUGGUAGUUGAUGUUCCGAGGGACAGUAACAUAUCUGCUGAAGUAAUGAAGUCUUUGCAAAUUCCCAAGGGAAUACAACGCGUUCUUUUCAGAACUUUAAACACUGAUAGGAAGCUUAUGUACCAAACCGAGUUCGAUUCAAGCUAUGUUGGGAUCGUGAAGGAUGGGGCAGAAUGGAUUGUAGAGAACACAGACAUCAAGCUCGUUGGAAUUGAUUACUUGUCUAUUGCAACAUAUGACGAUGCCGUUCCAACCCAUCAAGCAUUACUGAGGAGCAGAGAAAUCGUUAUUGUGGAGGGCCUAAAACUUGAAGACAUUGAAGCAGGAAUAUAUGAUCUGCAUUGCUUGCCCAUUAGGGUGCUUGGCGCUGAUGGAACACCAACAAGAUGCGUUCUUAUGGAAUAAAUGAUCUGUGAUAUGAUGUGAAAGCUAGCUGGUCCUUAAUUAUGCCUUUAUUAUGGAAAUAAAUCAUGAGGUUAAUUAUGCUUUUGGUUAUAUAUAUGAUAAUAAUCAAUGCUUACUAUGA